AUGAACCAGCAGCGGGCGAACCGCCCGAACAUGCUCCGUGAAGUGCAGCUCAUGAACAAGUUAAAACAUCCUAAUAUUUUGGGAUUCAUGGGUGUCUGCGUACAUGAGGGUCAAUUACACGCGCUCACAGAGUACAUGGAGGGUGGAUCAUUGGAACAGGUGAUACUAGGGAUACCGCCCGAGCCCCUGCCGCAGCCUCUGAGGAUAUCUCUAGCCGCUGACAUGGCUGAAGGCAUGAUGUACCUGCAUUCGUUGGGAGUCUUCCAUAGAGAUCUUACGGCUAAGAAUGUCUUAUUGAAAAAGAAUGAAUUCGGCGAGUACACAGCUGUCGUAGCAGACUUCGGCUUAGCUGCGAGGAUACCUAGUUCGAUCAAUGGAUAUAGAUUGCCCAGUGUGGGGUCGCCGUGGUGGAUGUCGCCGGAGUGCUUGCGCGGUCGCUGGUACGACCACCGGUCAGACAUCUUCUCGUACGGGAUCAUAUUGUGCCAACUUAUUGCUAGGGUGGACGCGGACCCCGACGUGUUGCCACGGACAGACAAUUUCGGUCUUAAUUAUAUGGCAUUUGUGGAGCUUUGCGAUGAAGACACAGUUCCUGAUUUCCUUCGACUCGCUUUUAAUUGUUGCAUUUACGAGGCCAAAGCGCGGCCGCUAUUCCCGGAGAUAGUGAACAAGCUCGCGGAACUGAAGGAGGGCCUCGACGACGCGUGGGACUGCACGCCGAACACUUCAUACGACAGUGUGUGGUCUGUAUGCAGCGAGGAGGCGGACUCGGGGCCGCGCUCGUGCCCCGGCCUGUCCGCGUGGCGCCGCCCCGCGCGCCUUCGCAGCGAGGGCAGCCCGCAGCCCCACGCCCACACCCACGCCCACACACAUACACACGUGAACGCCCACGCUCGUGACCGAGGAGCGAUCCACCGGCGCUCGCUGUCGGAGCUGGAGUGGGCGUGGCGCGGCGGCGCGCGCGCGGCGCCCCCGCACCGGUCGGCGGGCGCGCUGCCCGCGCUGCCGGCCGCGCCCGCGCCGCCGCCGCGCCUGGCGCGCCUGCUGCGCCUCGCGCACAUCAUGCUGCUGCGCGACACGCACGCCGCGCCCGCGCCCGCCGCGCCGCGCCUGCACGCCUACCGCGGCGUGCACAAGAUCCUCGAGCCGCACCCGCGCUCCGCGUCCGGCGACGCGCCGCCCUCGCCGCCGCCCAGCCCGCCCUCGCCCGCGCACGCGCCGCGCUCGCUGCCGCCCUCGCCGCUGCUGCGCCGCCGCGCCUCCUGCGAAAGCGGCAUCUUCUCCGUCGCCAACGAGGACCUCGCGCCCGCCGGCGCCGGCGCCGUGUGCCCCUGCAGCCUUGGCGGGCUGCCAGCGCUGCUGGUGGUGGCGCCGCGACGACGCCGCCUGCUGCGCCGCCGCGCGCCGCCCGCGCCACCACUCUGCGCGCUCGACGACUCGGCGCUGUCCACGGCCGUGAGCUCGCUGCGCAGCCUGGACGACGCGGCGGACGACGCAGCGUGCCUGUGCGGCGGCGGUGCGGGCGGCGGGGAGGAGGCGCACGUGCUGGCGCGCUGCUGCUGCGGCGCGGGCGGGCUGCGCUGCGGAGCGCUGCACGCGUGGCCGGCGCGCCUGCUGGCCGCCGCCAAGCGCUCGUCCAGCGUGUACACGGACAGCUCGGAGGACGUCGCGUCGCUGGGCUCUGACAGCGUGUGCGACGAGCGCGGGCCGCGCCACGUGCGCGCGCCGCACUCCGCGCAGAUAGCCAAGAUCGUUGAGUACUUCGAGCGCAAGGGCGCCGACUUCAGGGGGCCGCUGCUCAAGUCGCUCCACUUCGGCAAGGAGCGGUGCGAGCGAGAGUACUUCGUGGACGUGAAGCACUGCGGGGCCCCGGCGGGGAGUGCGACGGGGAGCCCGGCGGCGGGCGCGGGGGGCCCGGCCGGGGGAGGAGGCCGCAAGUGUGCGGCGCAGCGGCUGAUGAUCUGCGAGGGUGCGGUCAAGUCGAAGCUGCCGCUGUUUGACAAGAAGUCA